GGAACAAGAGGACAGAGCAGGGGCACCUUCUCAGGCAGAGAGAUAGAGAGAGCUCACCUUUUUUAAUUUAAACUUAAUUUUUAAACACACAGAAAGAAUAAGAAACGAAAAGAAGAAGAAACGCCAGAGAUAAAAAGGUAUUACGUUGGCCACCAAACGUUAAACUCAUGCGGAGUGACUGGUCUGGUUCACCAUAGAGGAUCUUUGGCUGUGGGUUUGCACCAGUAGGAAGGCGCGCGUUGACAGGAGGCAGGACGGGACAUAGGACAGGACGGGACUCUCCGGGCGGCGGCUGGUCGGUGGAGUAACAGCGGACCUUCAUGGACAGGACGGCCGUGGUGAAGGUCGGGGCCGCGGCCAGCGCCAGCGUCUGUGCCCUGUUCGGCGGCGUGGUUCUGGCCCAGUACAUCGUCGCCAAGAAGAAGCGAGCGGGCAAGAAAACCCGGAUCAUAGAGAUGAUGCCUCAGUUUGAGAAGACGACGGUCCACAUGAGGGACCCUGAGAGGGUGGAGCAGAUCAUCUGUGGCCUCAUCAAAGGAGGAGCUUCUAAACUCCAGAUCAUCACAGACUUCGACAUGACGUUAAGCAAGUUCGCUGUCAACGGCAAACGCUGUCCGACGUGUCACAAUAUCAUUGAUAACUGCAAUCUGGUGACAGAGGAUUGCAGGCAGAAGCUGCUGCAGCUGAAGAAUAAAUAUUAUCCCAUCGAGAUCGACCCUCACCUCACCAUGGAGGAGAAAUACCCGUUCAUGGUGGAGUGGUAUUUCAAGUCUCACACACUACUUGUGGAGCAGCGGCUAGAGAAAGACAAACUGGCCGAGGUGGUGAGAGAGUCUGACGCUGCACUCAGAGAAGGCUAUGAGCAGUUCUUCGACCGCCUGCAGCAGCACAAUGUGCCCGUCUUCAUCUUCUCCGCUGGCCUCGGCGACGUCCUGGAGGAAAUCAUCCGCCAAGCCGGAGUCUACCACCCCAACGUCAAGGUCGUCUCCAACUUCAUGGACUUUGAUGAAAACGGCGUCCUGAAGGGUUUCAAAGGCGAGCUGAUCCACGUGUACAACAAACACGACGGCGCCCUGCGGAACACUGAGUACUUCAAACAGCUGAAGGAAUACUGCAACAUCAUCUUGAUGGGUGACUCACUGGGGGACCUCAGCAUGGCCGACGGCGCGCCCAACGUGGAGAACAUCCUCAAGAUCGGCUUCCUCAACGACAAGGUGGAAGAGAGGCUGGACAAAUAUCUGGACUCUUAUGACAUCGUCCUGGUGAAGGACGAGACUCUGGAAGUGCCCAACGCAAUUCUUCAGAAGGUUCUAUAACUCCACCCCUCAGUUUCACCUCCCCAGUCCACUCCUCUCCUCCUUCGGGCCUGUCAGACUUCUAACACCACCCUAAACCUUUGUCAUUGGUCCAACCCCUUCCACUUGGUCUGGAUCCCACCUGGAUCUUCUUCCAACUCUGUACCCCCCCAAGCCCCUACCCUUUGCCUUUUAAAAGCCUUUUUAAAAGACAUUUUACAUCUCCUCAAUGAACUGUUUUAAAAGUCCACACAGCAGCAUCAGCCUGUCUCUGUUUUUUUGUCCGUUUAAAUUGUUCCUCAUGUUCUCUCUAAGUCAUUUUAUGAUGAAAGUAUAACCAAAAGUGAGAUGGAAACUCCCUACAAACUCUCACUCCAUCUUUAUUAUUUGCACAUUAUUGUUACAAUUGUUAUUCAUAAGAUUAUUUUUGAAAUGGUAAUAAUUGUACACCAGAAAGGAAGCGCCCGCAGACUGACACAGUGUUUUCUUUGAGCUGUCCCAUUAUGUGACUCUGAUGUCCACCUAGUCAGACAGCGACAGUGUUGUCCGACAAAACAUGAAGCUGCAUUAAAACUGGAAUGGAAAUAAUUCAGUACGUAAAGUACAAUAAAAAAUGUAUUGUUAGGUGACGGCAGCAAUAAAAAGAUCACUGACAAAGUAUUUUGUUUUAGGGAAAAAACAAGGAUUGCGAUUAUCAACAUGGAACUCAGAUGAUAAGAGGAAACGCACUUUAAAUUCUAUGUACGUGGGGAAUCAGCCUGUACAUGAAGAUAUGUGGCAGUAAUUUCGAUUUGUGGAUGUAAGAAUAUGUGUUCGCACAGAAAAGCCAUGUUUACAUAAGCUUUUUGUUUUUUAAUCCUAAUGUGCUCAUUUGGCAUCAUAUCAAUCAAGCAUUUCCAUGCCAGUGUUUAAGGUUAAAGAUGUGCUGUGUUAAGUAAUACUAAAAGUGACCUCUAGUGGUCAUAAGUGGGAAUUACAACAGUAAAAUCUCCUUUAACCAAAGUAAGAGGUGCUGCAAAAUAAGUUUAUCUAAGUUUCAGAAGGAAACACACUCCUUCUUGUGGCUCAAUAAAAUCCAGCAUUUGACCUAUUUAAUUUUAUCAACUUUUUGUUCUGUGGUUAAAAUUGAGCACUACCUCUAACAUAUUCUCCGUAGAUUUCUGGUGGGAUAUUAAAUGUCCUUGUCUCCCCUUGUCUCAACAUGUUGUGUUGAAUGUUCUCUUUGACUUUGUUUAAAUGUGCUGCUAUCACCUGCAUGUUGCCUUUUCUUAUUGUUGAGUUUAUGUGAAUGAAAGGGGAGACUAAAAUAUAUUAUAUAUCAAUUAAACGGGGAAUAGUGUCAUACUGUAUUAUGUGGCUGAUGUAUGCAAAUGUAUAUUGUUUCACUGCAUUUGGAGAACUCUCCAAACGUAUAGACCAGGCGUGUUGUAUUUUUAUAAGCAGAUGGCUUUCUCUUUUCUUUGAUGGUGUAAUUUGAAAAUGCAAUAAAAUGUCAAUUUGUGAGCCAUGACUGGAUCACAGACUGGGCAGAAACCUGGACUAUAACAUGAGCUCACACAUAAAGUUGCAGUAUAAAAAUAAAUUCUUGAAAGGACUGCAGCUCGGAUUAAAGAACUUUCUAU